GGAGCCGCAUGGCCCUGCCGCCGGCCGCCCCGCGCUAGCGGCACCCGCACCCGGGAGGCGCCGGCCCGGCGGCGGGGCUGCCCGCUCCCCGGCCACGUCCGUCCAUCUCUCCGUCCGUCCGUCCGUCCAGCGCAGCGCCCGGCGCGCAGGAUCCCGCAGCGGGGCGCGGACCGGCAGCGCUUGGCGAGGAUUAACCUGGCGCAGGUACACGGCAAGGCUCUUGAACCUGAUCUACAAUGGAAAAACUGCUUUUGUUUCUGCUGUUCAUUGGCAUAGCAGUGCGAGCUCAGAUCUGCCCCAAGCGCUGCGUCUGUCAGAUCCUGUCUCCGAACCUCGCCACCCUCUGUGCCAAGAAAGGGCUCUUGUUCGUUCCUCCCAACAUUGACAGGAGGACUGUGGAGCUGCGGCUGGCAGACAACUUUGUUACAAACAUUAAAAGGAAAGACUUUGCCAACAUGACCAGCCUGGUGGACCUGACGCUGUCCCGGAAUACAAUCAGUUUUAUCACCCCUCACGCGUUUGCCGACCUGCGCAAUUUGCGGGCUCUGCAUUUGAACAGCAACCGAUUGACUAAGAUCACUAAUGACAUGUUCAGCGGGCUCUCCAAUCUCCACCACUUGAUACUGAACAACAACCAGCUGACUUUAAUUUCUUCCACAGCUUUUGACGAUGUUUUAGCCCUUGAGGAAUUGGAUUUGUCUUACAACAAUCUGGAAACCAUCCCCUGGGAUGCCGUGGAGAAGAUGGUCAGUUUGCACACUCUCAGUCUAGACCACAACAUGAUUGACCAUAUUCCUAAGGGGACCUUCUCCCACCUCCACAAGAUGACCAGGCUGGACGUCACGUCUAACAAACUGCAGAAGCUUCCUCCUGACCCACUCUUCCAGCGUGCUCAGGUGCUGGCAACCUCAGGAAUUAUCAGCCCCUCGACGUUUGCGCUGAGCUUCGGUGGGAACCCCUUGCAUUGCAACUGUGAGCUUUUGUGGCUGAGGCGCCUUUCCAGGGAGGACGACCUGGAGACCUGUGCCUCUCCCACACUCCUGUCUGGCCGGUACUUCUGGUCGAUCCCCGAGGAGGAGUUCCUCUGCGAGCCCCCGCUCAUCACCCGGCACACCCACGAGCUGCGGGUGCUGGAGGGGCAGCGGGCAGCCCUGCGCUGCAAGGCCCGGGGCGACCCUGAGCCAGCCAUCCAUUGGAUUUCACCUGAGGGCAAACUGAUUUCCAAUGCCACCAGGUCCGUGGUGUAUGACAACGGGACGCUCGACAUCCUCAUCACGACGGUGAAGGACACAGGCUCCUUCACCUGCAUUGCUUCCAACCCGGCAGGGGAGGCCACUCAGACGGUGGACCUGCACAUCAUCAAACUCCCCCACCUGCUGAACAGCACAAACCACAUCCAUGAGCCCGACCCGGGCUCCUCGGAUAUCUCCACGUCCACCAAGUCGGGCUCCAACGCGAGCAGUAGCAACGGGGAUACAAAAGUCAGCCAGGAUAAGAAGGUGGUUGUUGCGGAAGCAACGUCCUCCACUGCUCUGCUGAAAUUCAAUUUCCAGAGGAAUAUACCUGGGAUACGUAUGUUCCAAAUCCAGUACAAUGGUACUUACGAUGACUCCCUUGUUUACAGAAUGAUACCUCCCACAAGCAAAACCUUCCUGGUCAACAACCUGGCCGCGGGGACGAUGUACGACCUGUGCGUCCUGGCCAUCUACGACGACGGGAUCACCUCGCUGACGGCCACCAGGGUCGUGGGCUGCACACAGUUCACCACCGAGCAGGAUUACGUGCGCUGCCACUUCAUGCAGUCCCAGUUCCUGGGGGGGACCAUGAUUAUCAUCAUUGGUGGGAUCAUCGUGGCUUCGGUGCUCGUGUUCAUCAUCAUCCUCAUGAUCCGCUACAAGGUGUGCAACAACAACGGGCAGCAGAAGGCCACCAAGGUCAGCAACGUGUACUCGCAGACGAACGGGGCUCAGAUCCAGGGCUGCAGCGGGGUGCUGUCGCAGUCCAUGUCCAAGCAGGCUGUGGGGCACGAGGAGGGUGUCCAGUGCUGCAAGGCUGCCGGCGAUGGCACGAUGCAGUCGCCGGACACCGGCUCCAGCCAGGACUCGGCCACCACUACCUCCGCUUUGCCUCCCACCUGGACUUCCAGCACCUCCCUCUCGCAGAAGCAGAAGCGAAAGUCGGGGCCCAAGCCCGUCCCCGAGCCGCAGGGCGAGGCUGGCGGCAGCGCCGAGCCCCAGAACUCGAACAGAAAUAACUCCACGGCCCUGCAGUUGCCAAGCCGCGCCCCCGCCGCGGCCCCCGCCGCCCCCACGUACAAAAGAGCACAAUCAAAGCCAAGUAAGUUCCUCACUCUGCCGGCCGACACAUCCCGGGCCAAGCGCCGGCGCUCGCUGGGCGGGGAGCUGCUGGAGCCCCGCGGCGCCGGUGCCGGCGGACUGCGCUCCAAACGGAGCUUGUCCAUGAACGGGAUGCUAGUCCAGGCAGACAGCGCCGGUGCCGAUAGCGGAAAAGCAACUUUCUCCAGUUCUGAGUGGAUAUUGGAAAGCACUGUGUGACCUGCUUUUUUUUUCUUUUUCUCUUUUUUUUUUUUUAAAUUUUAUUUUAACGAUAAACAAAACACCAAACAUUGCGUGAAACUCCCUCUCCAGGGGAAUUGGAUUUGGAGGUCCACUGCUAUCUCGCUGAUUAAUGGCUUGUUCAUGCGGGGUUCUGUAUAAGCCACCCAGUGCACACAGGGGUUUAUUUAGUUUUUGUUUGGUUUUAUUUAAUAUCAAAAUUGAAGGCAACAUUCAGAGAUUUAAAAAGAAAAAAAGAAAAAAAAAGGAAAAAAAAGAUUAAGGGGUGAAAAAAAGCACGAAACAGCACCAGUGCCUUCCCUGCUCUAGGACUGGCUUCCUGGUUCUGCAGUAGCAGAAAACAAAAGAGAGAGUUUUCACAGAAAAAGCCUUUUAUAAAGGAAAUGCAAUUUCCUCCAAGCUAACAAAUAACCACUUCUGGAUCAAUCAGUAAAAUGAUAUUUUUUAAACUGGUCAGACUGUACAUUUCUUUUCCGUGACAAUGGUGUUGCCUUUGUUUUUAGGCAGAUGCUGUACAGGAGCAACAACACUGUGUUGUUAUGUUGUGUAAAAUAAAAUAUUCACUCGGUACCCCAGCCAGCCUCGCGGUGACUGCCCCGCCGGAGCCGGGCCGGGUCCCACCGCGGGGCCGGGACGAGGACGAGGAAGGUGCCAGGGCGAGGGGUCCAGGUGGAGCGGCAGGGCCCCGCCAGGUCUCCUCAGGAGGGUGUCUGACCCGCGGUCCCUGAGCACCCGCAGCCCACGGCACAGGCAUCGCCCCCGCCCUGGAGCUUUGGGGCCGGGCUGGGGCUCCUCGGGCUGUGGGGCAGGGCCGGGCAGGGCAGCGAGCGGGGCCGGGGGUGCAGGCAGGGCUGCAGCAGGAAGGCACGGGGCUGUUCAGCGCCUCGCUGGUGGUUGAUCGGGAUGAUGAUGGUCAUCUCCUGCUGUCCUAGACUUUUGGGCAUGUUUACUGUAAACUUUAUGUUUUGUUCCAGUUCUCUUCAGUCCCUGAGCACAGUGAGGGGACUUAAAGAUGAUGGUCUCACCUUUAACCUGCUGUUGGUUGCGGAGCCCGUGGGCUGGAGUGAUUUGGGGCCACUCUGUAGGGACAGGACAUGCAGCAGUGGGGGACAGCAGGUGCAAACCCCACGCUGGGUGGGUGGCAGCCCUGCGUGUGCUGCUCUGCUCUGCAAAGGGAAGCCUGCAGUUAAUAUUAAUUAAACUCAUAUGGUCAUCACGUUCAAAUUAGCGACAGCUUAACUCUGAACAUUAGUGCAUUGUGCAUUCUCAGAUGCCAAAUAAUAGGUUCGAGAUGGGCUUUGCAGCCAUUAAAGUGAGAGAACAGUUAAAUUUUACGCCCUGUGUGUUUGUUCUUGGGGACAACAUAACCCAGACCAGGUGCCUGAGGACAACCUGGCUCUACCCAGGGCAGCAGCUGGCCCCAGGCAGUUGUGAGGGGAAUGUCCCCUGGUAUCCCUGCCUCUGUCUCUGGGACUCUGCAGGGUGAGGAUGGUGUUCUUGGCCGUCGUGGGUUGCUCUGGGUGAUUUUAUUGCCCAUCAUGGAAGAACAAAGUCUGGAUGAGGGUUGUGUAGAGAACACAAAAGGAAGAGGCUUGUUUCUUUUUUAGAAACCCUUUUUGCUUCCCUUGGGAAAUGCAGAGACCAAAUACGAAACGAAGCCACAAAAUGAGAAAAACCACUUCCUGCUGGGAAAGUUAGAAAAAAUUAUAAUAAAUCCCUCCUUGGAUUGCUCUGGCAGCCCAUGUGCUCCUCAAGGGCUGCAUGCACAGAAGGGAGCUGUGAAAUAAGGUGCUGCCAAGGACAGGGAUGGUGUGUCCAGGGACUGGCAAAAUGAUGGUUAAGGCUUUGCCCAGCAUGGAACAAACACGAAGGUCCAAGCCCUGGUGAGGGGCUGCAGAGGCACCUUCCCUCUGUAUUGGGGCACAGGGAGAGCAUCACAGGUUUGCUGCUGAGGGGUUGGGUUUAAUUGUGCUUUUUAAAAACAUCAAAUGAAAAUGCUUUAUAUGUUGUCUAAAGUUGGACCUAAAUGUGUCUGAUGUUUUGUGAAAGUGUUAAAAUAUUAAUGGCUUCUUGUGGUUUA